GCAAAACGAGAAUGAAUCUUCGCUUCUCGAUCUCGAGCCGACCGCUGAAGGGAGGACGUUCAAGAUGACGGCCGAGACGGCAGCUGAGGUCGCUAAAGAGCUGGAGGCACAGAAGCAUGAGGAGCCAACCGUCGAGGACGUAAAUGAUGAUGAUUCGGAUGACGAGGAAGAUGAUGACAACGUUCCCGACCUGGAAGAAGCCCAGCAUGAAGGGGAGGACGGUGUUGCAGGGCCCGGAAGGACUAAGCAAAGCCGAAGUGAGAAGAAGAGUCGGAAGGCAAUGCAGAAGUUGGGCAUGAAGCCUGUCCCGGGAGUUACCAGAGUAACGAUCAGGAAAAGCAAGAACAUUCUCUUUGUGAUCUCUAAGCCGGAUGUUUUUAAAAGCCCCAAUUCGGACACCUACGUCAUAUUUGGCGAGGCCAAGAUCGAGGACCUGACUUCGCAGGCGCAGUUCAAUGCUGCCGAGCAGUUCAAGGCUCCUGAUUUGGCCCAGGUGGAGCAGAAGAUGUCAGAAGCUCCUUCGGCAGCCGAUGCAGAGGAAGAGGAGGUUGACGAGACCGGCGUUGAGCCCAAGGAUGUUGAACUCGUCCAAACCCAGGCCGGUGUUUCUCGUGCUAAGGCUAUUCAGGCUCUGAAGAAUACGGGUGGAGGCAUUGUCAAUGCCAUCAUGGAGUUAACGACGUGAAGAAUCUCGUGUCUUACCACCGUAUAGCCUAGCUGAGAAGCGUGGUCAGCGGUGCUGCGUGCUGCAUUUUUGGGAUCUUGUCACUUGACCACGUUCUUAUUGCGGGAAAUAUAAAGACGAGUAGAGUUUUGCCACGGUUGUGAUUGCUUUGUCGUGGGAGGAUGUGUUGGCCGCGAGGUCAGAAGUCUUGCAGAGUUGUUGGGAAUGGUUUUGGGUGGAUCUGAUGUACAUAGACGAACGAAGGGAGGAAUGACAUGGGAGGGAGAGAGGGGUGAGGGGACUUCUGGGUGGGAGUGCUGCCGUCUCGCAUGAGUAGACCUGGGCUGGUAUGGGGGAUGAGGGAACAUGGAAUUGAAAUGGUACGGGGGAUGAGGGAACAUGGGGAAAUGGGGAAAGGAAGGAGAGGGGUACUACAAUUCUCAGAGGAGGGGUCUGCUAGGUAUAUCGGUGGUAUCUGGCGGCCAGGUUUAAGCUGAAGAGGCAGACCCCUCGUAACAAUCACGUCCACCCAAUGCCUGCUCAGUCAAUCCCCUGGGGGACAGGGUAAUCAAUGCUGGCAGGCCUC